AUGAAGGAACAACUGCCUAAAUGGCAAUAUUGUCAAUUGCAUGGCAGUGAUCGAUUUCCUUAUUAUAAAUCAAAUGAUGACCGUUGGAAAAACUCGGUAAGGCAUAAUCUUUCUAUAAAUCCACAUUUUCGCAAAGGUUCUAAGGCACCACAAGGAGCCGGACAUCUCUGGACAAUUUCAAGUGGUGACUCAGCUGAAAAUAUUCUAGCAUGGGAGCAUAAAAAACAACGUUUGGAUUUGUUCUUUAAAAUGGAGAGCAUGAAUCGUGAACGUAUAGAACAACAUCAAAAGCAACUUCUGGAACAACAGAAACAGAAACAACAGUGUACGUCAACAAAUGAUAAUUGUCUGCAUGAACAACCAUGCACAUAUGAUGAAGCAGCUACGGCGGCAGCAACAAUCACACAAGAGAUGCUACAUCACGCUGAGUCUAUAGAGAACUGUGCCACAAGUGUCGAAAACAAGAACCUCAAUAAUAAUCAUAUGCAAAUUGUACGAGAAUUACCUUUCAACGACCUAAUGUGUGAGGAUGAAUUACGCAAAUCCGCUGGUCAAAUAUUAAAUGGAAUACAUCGAGAAGUAGAAGUGCAACCUGUGAAUGCGCUCAUUAGCACUUAUCACGACGCAUUACUAGACAAUGAUUAUCUCAAUCCUGUACAGAAAAAUGUGCCUAUUAAUGGAGAGCAGUCAAGAAGUGUCAAUCAUAUACAAAACUAUAACGCCUCAUCUCAAUACUAUAUCACAGAAAUUGAUCCAAUUGAGUUGGGCAUUCAAGACGAAACGGCUGCUGUACUCUUUAAUGACGACUUCAAUCUAAACUACUUUAGUUAUAAUCCCAAUAAUGAUAUAGUGGCUUGACCGGAUCAAGCUGUUGCAGCAACAACAACAAUCACAACAACAGCAACUGCAGUCAUUAGUAAAUCACUUACAGCAAUAGAAUCAAAUUCAGCUCAGGGGCGCAUUCAACAAGAGAGAGAACCACCAU